AUGACUGCUGGCUACAGAGCUGACGGCGCCAUGUUGGCGGGGGUGGCGCGCGUUGCCGUGGCAACCACCCCUGCGCGAGCCAAUGGCGGCCCGUCUCGCUCCCCAUCCCGCCAGCGCGACGCCAAGUUGGAUUUCAAGGUGAGUAGUUGUGCCGGGGGCGGCCCGGGGGAGCCCGCCACUUCCCACUCGGUCUCGGUGACCACGAGUAGCGGAGGCGGCAGCGAGCAGCAGUUCAACAUCUUCCCUGCCAUCUUCUCCCGGCAGCUGAACUUCCACCAUCAAGGGCCGCACGGGGGCAAGCUGAUGGACGAACUACGGCCCAACCUGGGACUGCUGGGUCUGGUGGACGACCACUCACACUUCCACCAUCACCACCACGACAAGAAACCCGCUAAGACAGAGACUCCGGACUUUGCCGCCUUGUACGCCCUCCCCGGCGGCCUGGAGAGUCAGCAGCACACACCUCCCUCCCGGCAACUGGCAGACCACUCAGGUGCGGAAGGAGCUUUUAAGAAACUGAAAAACGAGCCGCUGGUGGUCGGGGGUGGUCCGUCCCCCAGUGUCCAACACACCCCCACCACCGCUUCCUGCCCCACCCCAGCCCGUCGCCGACACCGCACUACCUUCACACAGGAGCAGUUGGCAGAACUGGAAGCAGCGUUCGCCAAGUCGCACUACCCGGACAUCUACUGUCGCGAGGAGCUCGCCAGGACCACCAAGCUAAACGAAGCACGAAUACAGGUUUGGUUCCAGAAUAGACGAGCGAAAUACAGAAAACAGGAGAAACAGUUGCAGAAAGCCCUGGCUCCUUCAGUGUUACCAACAUGCAACGGCGCCAUGAUGAGGAACAUUUACCCUACGGCCAGUCGGGGUUACCAACCUUACCCUCACCCCAACACCAUGAAUAGGUACCCCCAGAUGGGUUCCAGCUCGUACCCCAGUAUGACGCAACCCUUCGCCAUGAGUCAUGGGGCAGCCAACAUGUCCGGAAUGCGUCAGGACACCAUGGGGAUGACAGCCGAGGACGAGUGGUACAACAAGAGUCUGUCGGCUCUGCGGAUGAACACCAGCCACCACCCGAACCUGGCUGCGCCUAUGCUGCAGUACCAGACAUAAUGACGACUCAACUCUGACUGUACAUUGCGCCUGCUCCAACAGAUGCCUACCUCCUUGCUCGACCAGAUUCAACUUCAAGAUUUCAUCUAACGUUCAGUUUACUGGUGUACUGUACUACAUUUGUUAUGCUCAUCAUGUACAUACAUGCUCAAUCAUCUCUUCAGUUCUGAUAUUGAGGUUGUGAUAAGUUGUACAAUGAACUUUUUAAUGUCGUGGAAACCCGAUUCAACUCAAUCAAGAGUCAGACUUUCGUUGAAAAAUCCUUAUUGAACACUUUGAAUACCAGCCCAUUACUCCAUUCUAUUUGGUUUUUAAUUUUCCCAUGAGCCAUACGAAAAAACUGUAAAAGUAAUUUGACACAUUUUGUUGUAACUAGAUUUUCUCAAGACUUCAUUGAGGAAAUAGAAUUUCAUCGAAAAUAUCUUAAAUUACAAUUCAUGAACUGUUUAGAGAUGAAUGGUUUUCAAUAAUGAGCUUUUAACUUAUUUUUCUUUUAUAUGCAGAGCUGUCCAAAAAUCAUGGAAUAGAUUGGUAAUAUUUAAUGGUUUAACUUAUAAAUGUGAGAGCCUACAACUCAACAUUGAAUAUAAAAAACUACUCUUUAUCUACACUGGGAGAUAUCCCAAGAGAUUAAUCUUUAAUGUAGAUACACAUUUAACAAAUAAUGACAAGGGUCUUAAUAAAACUAGGCGAUAAAAGAAGAAAAAUAUAAUUUGAACAUGUAGGACAAAAUUUACAACUCAUUUGAAGAUUAUUGUGCUGACUUUGAAAUAUGGUUCAUUAAAAUGAACUUAUGAUAAUCAGAACAAUGUACGGUUGUUUACACGAAAGUUGUAUAAAUUUAUAAUUACCAUUAGAACACUUUAGACAUAAUGUAAAGUAUUAUUUUUGGAAAUCCCCAUUAUCCCACAGUACAGUAUUUUUUGUCAAUAUCAAAAUUAUUUGUUGAGUCUAAUUUUAUUUUAACUAUGUAAACAAAAUAGGAUGACGUCUUAGGUACAGAUAUCCUAAAUUUAGAAAUACUUCAGAUAUUCCCUUUUUUAGUCAGGUUCAAGAAAACUUCACUUUCUUUAUAAAAAUCUUAAAAACAAUAAGUAACUUCUGUGGUUUUAUUCAAGAUUUUCCACAACUACUAAUUGGUCAUUGUUUUGAGAAGAUGAAACUUGCAACAUACAGGUAUAAUUUUCUACAAUUUGAAAUGUAGCAUUACAGUUUUAUAAGUUUACUCUUACUUACUCCCAUGGCCAUGGAUACCCUAG